AUGCUGAAGACAGCUUUGUCGAGGCAGAGCCGACUCUGUCGCCUGCCCGUUGCUGGCCGUCUCCAGCUCGCAUCCAAGAUACCCGCCCGUCCUUUCACUCUAUCCACUCAGUCAAGAACUGGCAUCGUCGCCUCGUUCCAGCUUCCGAGAGCCUGGUCCCGGUCAUACUCGGCCGAAGCCAGCGCAACCGCGCCGCCUCAAGAAGCCAGCGCAGAAACUGCCAGCGCGGAAACUGCCAGCACAGAAAGUGGAGGACCGAUUACUCGAUUCAAAGAUCUCGCCUCCGUUGGGGUCCACGACAAUGUCGUCAGAGCUAUCACUGAAGGCAUGGGGUAUGAGACCAUGUCGCAGGUCCAAUCUGUUACCAUACAACCAGCCCUAGCUGGCAAGGAUAUUGUUGCUCAAGCCAAAACCGGCACCGGAAAGACUCUCGCCUUCCUAAUUCCUGUUAUCCAGAGAAUCAUUCAGGAAGAACCACACCUUGCUUCCCGGGGAAGGCAUCAGGCUACUUCUCGCGACGUUAGGGCCAUCAUCUUAUCGCCGACUCGCGAGCUUGCGGAGCAGAUUGGUGUCGAAGCGAGGAAGCUUACUCAUAACACUGGCCUGAUUGUCCAGACGGCCGUCGGCGGCACGGGCAAGCGGGAUAUGCUUCGGAGGACGCAACGUCAAGGCUGCCAUAUCCUGGUCGCCACCCCCGGCCGUCUUCUAGAUAUCCUCUCAGAUGAGAGCAGCGGCAUUGACGCCCCAAAACUCGCCGCGCUGGUUCUCGACGAAGCCGACAGAAUGCUUGACGUUGGGUUCGAGGACUCUCUGAAAGCCAUUCUCGGCUAUCUCCCGGAACGGGCUGAGCAGGCUCGUCAAACUCUCCUCUUCUCUGCCACCAUCCCCACCGACGUCGUUCGACUUGCCAAGUCCUACGUUGACCCCAAGAACUUUGAGUUCGUCCAAACCAUAAGGGGGGAUGAGGAACCGACACACGCCAAGGUCCCACAGUUUAUUGUACCAUGCAAAGGCUUCGAGAAUUUCUAUCCUGCCCUGCUGGAGUUGAUUUACCGAGAGGUUGAGAAGAACGAGAUGCCUUUCAAGGCCAUCGUGUUCCUACCGACCACUUCCUUCGUCGAACUGACGUCGUCGACAUUCGCACGCCUCGCGCACCGCAACCCCAAGAUGCCCGAAGUUCUCGGCAUCCAUUCGAAGCUUACCCAGCGCGCCAGAACCGACAACGCCGAGUAUUUCAGGCGCGCCAAGUCUGCGAUCCUCUUCUCAUCCGAUGUGACGGCGAGAGGAAUGGACUUCCCCAACGUCUCCCACGUCAUCCAGAUCAGCUGCCCUCCUGACAGAGAACAAUACAUCCAUCGCAUUGGGCGAACCGGAAGGGCGGACAAGAGUGGUCAAGGCUGGAUAUUCGUUGCCGAGAUUGAACUGCACGAAGCGAGGCGGAGGCUCACCGACCUCCCCAUCCAGCGGAAUACCGACCUGAAGACCGCAACCGUCGACAUGAGCGCACAAGAUCCGGAGACCACAGAGUACGAAACCAUCAGGGACGUCUCGAAAGCGGUGCGGAAGUCGGGCGACGACCUCUUCUUCGAGGCGUACCGGUCCCUUCUCGGAGGAGCAAUGAAGACGCUCAGGCGACAGGAACUCGUGGAGACCCUCAACGACCUGGCCCGGCAUGGCUGGGGCCUGGAGGAGCCUCCCGCGAUCCCGGCGGCGCUGGCCCGAAACACGGGGCUUAUGGGCUUGCGUGGGGUGAACAUCGCCAGCGGCGAGAGCUUCGACCGCAGACGAGAGUCCGGACGGGACUCCAGAGACCGGACCCCAGGAGCGCCGCGGGACGGGUUCCGGGGCGGGUUCCAGGACCGGUCUCGAGGCGGCGGCGGUGGCGGCGGCGGUGGCGGCGGCGGUGGCGGCGGCGGCGGGUUCUCUCGCGGCGGUAGCGGUGGUGGUGGGUUCUCCCGCAGCGGUGGCGGUGGUGGCGGGUUCUCCCGCGGCGGCGGCGGCGGCGGCGGAGGCGGCGGGUUCCAGGGCCGGUCUCGAGGCGACGGCGGGUUCUCUCGGGGCGGUGGCGGCGGGUUCCAGGACCGGCCCCGGAAACCUCGGGACGCGUUCGAUGCCAUGUCACAGCAGACCCGGGAGCCGGGCCGCACGUUCAAGCCGAGGACGCAACCUACCUUCUAA